AUGGCUCCAUCAACAACAUCAGCUAGAGGUGCUCGUAAAGGUGGCGAACGAAAAUCAAAAUCAGCUCGCGCAGGUGUUCUUUUUUCGGUACCUCGUUUUCAUCGUUAUAUUAAAAAGAGUACACCAAAAAGUCGUGUAACUAUGGCUGCUGCAGUUUAUACAGCUGCUGUGAUUGAAUAUUUAACAGCUGAAGUUCUUGAAUUAUCAGGUAAUGCAGCAAAAGAUCAUAAAAAACAACGUAUCAAUGCACGACAUAUCUUUUUGGCUGUUAGCAUUGAUGAAGAACUCAAAAAGCUUCUUAAUGCUGUAACAAUUCCACAAGGUGGUGUCUUACCACAUAUCAAUCAAUUUUUAUUUAAAACUAAAGGAGCUAGUGAUGUUGCAAGUCCACCUGUCUCUAAACCUGAUUCAUCUCGUUCAAAUACAGCUGCAGCACCACGAGCACCAGCAGCUCUUACAACUAAGAGUACAGCAGCUAGUGGCAAAGCAGGUUCAGCUGCAGCAUUGAAGAAAGCAGCUUCUGCACCAGCGGGAAGUGCAGCUAAUUCAGCUUAA